AUGAGUAAAGAUUCAAUUGAUAAUCAUAAUUCUGAUAAUGUUAAUAUUACACAGAAUGGAAUAUUUGAAGGACCAGAGAAAUUAUUAGAGCUGUGGUUUUAUCCUAUACCUCCAAAUAUAGAGAAAAACCACAAUAAUGAAAACGGAACCAGUAAACUUGGUUUAAGAACUGUUCCUAAAGAAGUUUGGGAUGAGGUUUUGGAAAUUGUAAAAUGUCAUAUAAUUAGUGUUAUUGAAAAUGAAUAUAUCGAUGCUUACUUAUUAAGCGAAUCAUCAUUAUUCAUUUAUCCACAUAAAUUAAUCUUGAAAACGUGUGGCACAACAAUGUUGCUUUCAGCAUUACCAAAAUUAUUAGAAACAGCCUUAAAAUAUUGUAAUUUUCAUAAGGUUUGGAGGGUUUUUUAUUCAAGAAAAAGUUUUAUGUUUCCAGAAUUACAAUCACAUCCUCAUAACAGUUGGAAUGAUGAGGUGAAAUUCUUGGAUAAAUUCUUUGGUUUAACGGGUGGAACUCGUAUAGACAAAAUGACAGGCUUGGAUAAUUUAUAUCCUUCAGCAAAACUAGAUUCUUAUUUAUUUGAACCUUGUGGAUAUUCAUCCAACGGUUUAUUAGAUGAUAGUUAUUUUAAUGUUCAUGUAACACCCGAACCAAUUUGUUCUUACGCUUCUUUUGAAACAAAUAUUCCUCUUGCAAAUUCUUCAUUUGCUGUGGAAUUAAUUGAAAAUGUAAUUUCUAUUUUUAAGCCUCGUAAAUUUACAAUGACAAUUUUUGCAACUCAAGAUGACAAGAAUUUUGAUAAGGAUACUUUGAUUAAUACAACUAAUUCCAUUAAUGGUUAUAAUAGAGCUGAUAGAAUUUUAUAUGAGUUUGAUGGUUACAAUUUGGUUUUUGAACCUUUACCAAUAUUUGGACGUUCCGCUAAUGACGAUUCUACAUUAUCGAUUUUAAUAGCAAAUACCAAACAUAUUUGGCCAAUUUUUGUCAAUAAAUUUUCUUUGACCGACGAGAAAAAAAUCGAUAAAAAUCCAUUGGAUAAAUACACCAAGCAAUCUGUAGAAACGGCAAUAAAUGAAACAUUGUCUAGUUUUUCUCACAAUUCCGAUGUCGAAAUUAACGACAAACAUACAGCAGUCGAUUACGAUGUCAGGUACACUUUUGAAUUGGAACCUAAAAAAUUCGUAGCAUUUCAACAGUUAUGUCAAGAUUCAGGAUUCGCCUAUUAUAACAGAGUUUGUUUUUUAAAUGUUCACAAAGAGAUUGGCCCUUGGUUUGGUUUAAGGGCUGUUGUUACAUUUAAUAUUGAUGGACCUCCAAAUAUAUCCGAAUUAUUUCCUGAAUUAAAAAAUCCUUAUCCUGAAGGUGAUGAGCUUUUAAAGAAUAAAUUAGCGGAAAUUUUUGGGUCACAAGAUCAUAGUUAUCAUUGUCGGAAACCUAUAACCAGCACCACUGCUUCUGCUACUGCUACUACGACAACAACCACCAAACAAGAUAUUCAAAAAGAAUGGCACAAGUGGGUGGAAUUAAGAGACAUGGCCA